AUGCAUCAAAAUGAAUUUAACAGCGUGGAGGCGGAACUCCGCGAGAUCGAGGAGGAGUUUGCGUCAGGGCACAUGAACGCCUUCGGCACGGCCACCACAAAAGAGAACUUCGUCCGCGAGCUCCGCAGAAUUUCGGACAUCGAGACCCAAGUCUUUUACAAGACCUGCGGGUUGCUGAGCGCGAGCACCUCGGAGGACCACCUCAUGCGGGCGAUGGUGUUUGCCGGCGCGGAUCAGUCCUGCGGCGGCAGCGGCAACAACAACAGCGAAGAGGGCAGCAGCACCGCGGCAACCGCGCACUCCCACGGGCGGGAGAGCAGCGGCGCCGCCAAGCCAGUGAAGGACGGCGUUGCAACCCCGCCACAGCUGGGUGCUAGCUUUUCGCCGGGUACACCGUUGGAGCAGAGGGGCAAAGAAGCGGGGGGGCCAAUGGAGGCCGUCUUUAGCGAUGCGGCGCCGGCGCCGGCGCCGCCGCCAUGGAGCAAUGACGCGGGGUUCACCGACAGACCGUUUCAGGACGUCUCACGCCACUUCAAGCUCUUGGAGGGGGAGUUCACCGCCAUUGGUGAGCACCUGCGGCAGAUUUCAAAGCAUGUGAUGCAGCUCAACGAGAUUGCGGAGCGGGUGCGGAACACGGGCGGCACCCAUGGCUCAUGA